UGGAGUGGGAUGCCAUGGCCAGCUCCUCGGACAGUGAGGACGAUGGGUUCAUGGCCGUGGACGCCGAGGACGCCGCGGCCGAGGGGACGAUGGAGCAGGAGGAGGAGCCCCAGGCCGAGCUGGAGCUGGAGGAGAGCAGGCACAGCAGAUCCAUGCUGGAGCUGCCGGAGGAGGUGCUGGAAUACAUCCUGUCCUUCCUGUCUCCCUACCAGGAGCACAAAACCGCCGCCCUGGUGUGCAAGCAGUGGUACCGGCUGAUCAAAGGUGCGUGUUACUACGACCCCAACCAGUCCAUGUACGUGUUCGGGGGCUGCACCCAGAGCAGCUGCAACGCCGCCUUCAACGACCUCUGGAGACUCGACCUCAACAGCAAGGAGUGGAUCCGGCCCCUGGCAUCAGGUUCCUACCCCUCCCCCAAGGCUGGGGCCACCCUAGUGGUCUACAAGGACCUGCUGGUGCUUUUUGGGGGGUGGACACGGCCCAGCCCUUACCCCCUGCACCAGCCCGAGAGGUUCUUCGAUGAGAUCCACACCUACUCACCCUCCAAAAACUGGUGGAAUUGCAUCAUGACCACCCACGGCCCCCCUCCCAUGGCAGGACAUUCCUCCUGUGUCAUCGAGGACAAGAUGAUUGUUUUUGGGGGAUCUCUUGGAUCUCGGCAGAUGAGCAACGACGUGUGGGUGCUGGAUCUGGAGCAGUGGGCCUGGUCCAAGCCCAGCAUCUCAGGGCCCAGCCCUCACCCACGGGGGGGCCAGUCCCAGAUCGUCCUGGACAACGAAACCAUCCUCAUCCUGGGGGGCUGCGGGGGCCCCAACGCCCUCUUCAAGGACGCGUGGCUGCUGCACAUGCAGGCCAACCCCUGGACGUGGCAGCCGCUCAAGGUGGAGAACGAGGACCACGGAGCGCCGGAGCUGUGGUGCCAUCCUGCCUGCAGGGUACGGCACUCCCUGCCGCCCAUCGCCCGGCGCCUCGGCCACCACCCGCCCCAGUCCCUGAACGUGGGCAAGCCCCUGUACCAGAGCAUGAACUGCAAGCCCAUGCAGAUGUACGUGCUGGACAUUAAGGACACCAAGGAGCGGGGCAGGGUCAAGUGGAAAGUGUUCAACAGCAGCUCCGUGGUGGGACCCCCCGAGACCAGCCUGCACACGGUGGUGCAGGGCAGGGGUGAGCUCAUCAUCUUCGGCGGCCUCAUGGACAGGAAACAGAACGUCAAAUACUACCCCAAAACAAAUGCCUUGUACUUUGUGCGAGCAAAGAGAUAAUGCGGCCCCAGCCCGCCGCCACCCCCGUCCUCCCCCUUCCCGCGGCUCUUCCCGGUCCUUCCCGGCCCCCGUCCCGUCACACAGCGACCAAACUGUGAAUUAGGGAGCAGGAAACCAAUAAAAGUCCGAGCAAAGCCUCCAGUGCUGCCCAGUCAGACCCCAGUGAAGCCGGUGGCGGAAGGACCCCGGGGAUUCAGGGUGGAUGGAAUUCUGCCAUCCGGGACCCCCACGAGGUUGAUUUUCCGAGGGUUUGGGAGGCUUUGUCCCUCCAAAACCCCUCCAGAGCUCCUCGAGAGCCUCGUGGGGCUUGAGUGAACCUGGUUUUGUAGGAACGACCCAAACUCUGGCAGGCAGGAGGAAGGAGCUGGGUGAAUUCCACACCUGGCUCCCUCAGGAGAACAGCAGCAAUAUCCCCCUGGGAAUGCCCAGCGCUGGGAAAUCCUGCUCGACACAAACACGAUGCCUUUUUUUUGCCUCACCUGCCGCUCUCGCCCCUGUCCUUGGGCAGGGCCAAAACAAGGAGGAAAGGACAGGAUUUUGUGUCAGAAUGCCAAAUAUAUUGAUUGUUCCCAUCCCUCCUCUCCCUGCUGUGCUGGAUCAGGCUUCGGGAUUGGCCCCAAUCCCAUCUGAUCACCUAAAAAUCCACUUAUCUCCCCAAAACGGAGACGUUUGGCUGCCAAUUCCCCUCUGGACUUCAAGGAUUCAUUUCACUUGACAUCCCAAACCCAUUCAAGGCCAAACCAGCCCCUUGGAGCCUGGGAACAGGGUGGGUUUUCCAGGGAAAAGGAUGGAUAUUGGUGAAUUUGAGGGCGUGAGCAGCCUCUGCAGCAACUUCACCUCAUCUUUGCACGUGCCUCCUUCCACAAGGAUUCCAUUCAAAUCCCAAGGGAUUGAACCUGUGCGUCCUUCUGGGACAACCCCCCUCCUUCCCUUUCCCCUCUGGGGGGUGGGAAAAACAGGUGGAUUCUGCCAGGUUUUGGUCAACAACCUCCAGGACCCCGAAGACAGGGAGCCCUCCCCACGCCGGCAGCGCCAUGACGUGGUCCCUCCUUCCCGGGAUUUUAUUUCCCUCCAUUCCCACUGAGCUUUUUGCCGGUCGGAGCCUUAAAUCCCAUCCCAGCCGUGUGGGGAUGGGGAGGGAUUUGCUUCACCCUGUUGCCACCUCUGUAAAUAAACCCCUGGUCCAACCCGACCUCUCCCGUCCAUCCCAAAAUGAUUUGUCCCAAGGGAAAAGCAAAAUUGUCCCUGUCCCAAAAAAAACCAGAAACCUCAGGAGCACCAAGGGUGAGCUGUGAAAUAUUCCCUCUAGGAAGGCGGUCGGGGCUUCGGCAGCGAUUCCCACCCCCCUUUGCAUGUUUUUGGUCAUCCAUCCCAAAAAAGAAAGGGAUGGAUGGAGCGUUGAUUCCUUCUCCCUGCGCGGGGCACCCCUGGAGGGGUGUUUUCCCAACGUUUACAUCCUGAAAAUCCCACCAAGCUGGGGCCGUCCCUGCUCCACCCCCGCCACGGAAACGCAUGUUCUGUGCCCUUAACGAGGAAUUCCUCCCAAACUUUGAUCCCUGGAUCCCCCGGGAGCCGCUGGUGCUGUGAGCGAGGUGCCCCCCCCGCGACUCAGGUGUCCCCCCGCCGUCAUUCCCGACUGCAGGAACGGGAAGCGAUGCCGGUGAUAUUUAAAACCUUCUGUACAUUUUUGGGGGGUUCGUGGGGGUCCCUCCCCCCCCAAUCCCGAGGAAUUUUUAGCGGUUUAACAA